AUGGAUUCUCCACCAGAGUGUGUGUUGUCGCUUUCUUGUGAGCCGCCCCAGUCUCCCCCAACGCUGCCAUCUCUGGACCACAGCCCCCAGGCCUCCUCUCCUCACACCCAGCUCUCGCUGCCCAGCAGCCCCAUCGUUCUGCCCAUCCACAGCCCUGAACCUUCCCCCCAGAGUCCGGAGAUCACGCCUUAUUUCCCCCUCUCUCCGUUCCCCCUCCACGAAGACAGUGACAACAAUCAUCAAGAGGGUGAUGAGGUCGAUGAUGAGGACGGGCUUGAUGGAGACCCCCCGUCCCCGACACCGGCAGUGGCUUUGUUCCCCGGAGGUGGAGGACAAGACGCUGGGUGCAGCCCUCUGUUAGACUCUUCUCCACCAGAUACGCCAUCAGCGCCGAUACUUGGGUAUGGCGCCCUGGAGCUGGCCCUAUCUUCAGGACAGAGUGGAAACUGCAGCAAUGAGCUGGACCUCCAGCUGUUCCAGAAGGACACUGUUACCAGGGCCGUGCCUGGAGUCGGGGGGUCUUCCUCAGGCCCCGCACUCAAGUUUCCUUGUCACGUGUGUGGGAAGAGAUUUCGCUUCCAAAGCAUUUUGUCUUUACAUGCGCGAGCUCACAGUCUGGACCGAGACCGUCGAGCUUCAGCCUUAUACCGGACCGGACUCCCCUCUGCUCCCCUAAAGCAGCACCUCAAAAUCCAGCAGAACCACAAAGACUUGAGUCACAGAAGUCAUCCAAACCAGCGUUUACUUCCAGGCACUCUCAUCCAGCAUCUCACAGAAGAGGAGGACGUCAACGGUAACGUGAAAGGUCUAGAUGACGACCUGCAGACCGACCAGCACUCAAGCUUUCUGCUGGAUGACAGCACACCCCUGACCCCUCCUCUCACAGAGGAUCCAGUGUCUGUGACCUCUCCGUUUUCUUCUGCCCUCGGGGAAAGUGCAUCCACUUCCAUUGCGCCUACGUUUCGCUGCCAUGCCUGCAAAGGAAAAUUCCGCACAGCUUCAGAAUUGGCUCGCCACGUCCGCAUCCUCCACAACCCGUACAAAUGCACUCUUUGUCCAUUCUCUGCGAGCCAAGAGGAGAGCCUGGCAUCCCACUUGCAGGAGUGCCACCCGUCCCCUGAGGCACCUGCUCUGCCGCCGGCCUUCAAUUCCAGGCCCAUCAUUGCCACCCCUGACACCCCGGUGCCCACGCCGACCCAUACCCCCGCCCCGCCUCCCAGCAACCCGCAGGUGACGUCAGGUGCUCCAGCGGCUGCGUCCUCCUCACUGCCGGCAUUUCGCUGUGACACUUGUGGACAACGAUUCACACAGUCUUGGUUCCUGAAGGGACACAUGCGAAAGCACAAGGACUCCUUGGACCACAAGUGCCAGGUAUGUGGCCGUGGCUUCAAGGAGCCUUGGUUCCUCAAAAACCACAUGAAAGUUCAUCUCAAUAAGCUUGGCCUAAAGGCUGGACUGGUGGCCCCCGGGGGACUGGGGGGCGCUGAACAUCAACCUAAAGGUUCUGCUAAUCAGUCUCUCAAUGCCCUCUACUCAAGCCUUCUUCUGGCUCAGCAAGGAGGAGGCGGCGGGAGAGGUGGACAACAAAGAUCUGACAGAGAAACUGGAGGCAGAAUUGGAAUGGGCUUGAGUAAAUCAGCUAUCCUGAGCUACCUGGGCCUGCCAAACGACGGCAGUGGGGCCAGCUGCAUGGAGAGACUCCAAGCCGUUGCUCAGGUGGCGGAGAUGGGCAAUGGCGUAAGCAGUGGUAUCGGUGGCAGCUCGGGAGGAGGCGAAUCCGGAAGAGGAGGGGGAGCAACUCGAGGAGGGGGCACAGGUGAAGGAACAGCAGCAGCUUCAGAGGGAGGCGAGCAGGCGACUUGGUGGCAGCUCGUGGCUCGCAGUCUGGCCGUCGCUCAGCAGCAACAGCAGCAGCAGCAGCAGCAGCAGCAGAGGCCUCAUCAGCGAGGCCAGCAGCAAGGCCAAAGUCGAGGUUCAAUCAUCACGGAAGCCGACCAGGUCAGAGCUUAUCUGGGAGGCCUGGAUCCCAGAGAAGAGACGGGAGGAACAGGAGGACCAUGGGAAUGCCCAGACUGUGGAAAGCUCUUCCGCAGCCUGCAGCAGGUGGUGGUUCAUGCUCGCGUUCACAGCCAGAGGCCCCAGAAAGGAGGCGGCGGCGGCGAGGAAGAGGGAAGCGGCAGCCGUAAAGGAGCGGCGUUCGGAAGAGGAGGCAGCGGCGAAGCGAGGCAGGAAGCACAGCUCCACGGUGGAGGAUCCCAACAAAUGGGAGAAGUGAGGCAGGAGUCGAAGCUGAACAGCAGCGGAUCACAUGCAGCAGGACCAGCUACAGGGUUUCACUCUGCCAUCUCAAGCUACAAAGGAGAAAAUGGCUUGACAGCAGUCUCCUCCAUACCAUCAGUUCCCACCAGGGAGCGAGUGCGUGGUAGAGGGAUAAAAGACUGCCCCUACUGUGGGAAAGCCUUCCGCUCUUCACACCAUCUCAAAGUGCACCUGAGAGUUCACACAGGUGAGAGACCCUACAAAUGCCCCCACUGUGACUACGCGGGUACUCAGUCCGGCUCUCUGAAAUACCACCUCCAGCGGCACCACAGGGAGCAGCGCAACGCCUUAUCCGCCGCCUCCAACUCCUCCUCGUCUGGUCUGGCGUCCGCCGUCAACAGCCUGAGCUCUGGAUCGUCCGGACUCAAGCAGCGCCGGUCCCAGUUCAACCACUGCCCGGUCAACCGGAAUCCCGGCGACUCGCCCGGCUCCCGGCCCGGCCAGCAGUCCUGGCUCCUGGGGAUCCCGGACCAGAGGGACCACCGCAAGGCCCUGGCAGCCCUGAGGGAUGUUGACCUGGAGACCCAGUACAGGUAUCUGUCCGGGGUGAUGGGCGCCCUCUACCAAGGCGGGAUGGAAAGAGGCUGGGUUCGGGAAUCUCCUCCACCAAAGGCCCCCAAAGUGUCCCGGCGUAAGCCCCUCACCACAAGCCGAAUGGUCCAACCAGCGAGCGACAAUGAAAGACCCGCGCCGUUGACCCACGAGGGCGGGUUUGAACCCCUGGAUUUAUCUCGCCGCACGUCGCCCGGCCUGGGAGGACCGGAAGAGGAAGGCGGGGACGGAGGAGGGGACAGUUCGACGGGGGUCAAACUGAGCCAGUGCCUGUUCUGCCCGUUCCGGACCUCGUCGGCGGAGCUGAUGGCCAUGCACCUCCAGGUCAACCACACCAGUAAGUCCAGACGCAAGCGGGGCUCCUCCACCAUCCUGGAUGAGGAAUCAACCUCAAAGUCCACCAAGCUACCGGAGGAUCGCUCCGACCUCAACUCCCUGCCAGCGUGGCGGCGCCUGAGCGAGUCUGAGGCCCACACCCCCCUGGGAGAGUGGCCCUCCUCUCGGGCCCGGACCCCCAACGGGCUCUCCGAGCACAUGGCGGAACAGCUGGACGAAACUCUGGACUCCGCCGCCUCAUUGCCCGCGAAUGUACAAGACGGCGUGGCGUUCAAGGGGAAGACGGAGGACGAGAAGGAAGAGCAAGAGGAGGAGUUUGAGGAGAACAGCAGCCUGGAGGACUCACAAGACCAAAACCUGAGGAUGUCCCUGACCCUCUCACCAGCCCUAAGCUCCAACACCCUGAUGGAAGACGACGAACGAGUCUUAACAGAUUAAAGUUUUCUCACUGUUUAACACGAGAGAGUCUGGAUCAGUGUUAUCAGCCUCAUUUCAAACCGAUCUGAAGAAUCAAGCCGAAAGUGUUCCAGAGAGAACGGAGUCCAACGAGGAGUUUAGAAAACUGAAGGUGUAUAAAAGGAGGGAAAACCACUCCAGCAUUAUCUGCCUACUGCAAAUCCCCCAGAGAGAAGAGCCUGGAUGCUUCUUUUGAGGAUUUUUAGGCAACUUUUUUCAAUUCUUAUUUUUUUUUUUUUUUUUUAGACAUCAUUCCCAAGACAGAUGACUUUUUGAAAUGAUUUGAUAAGCGAAGAAAACGCAAUCCGGCAUCAUUCCACUGUCAUGUGAUUAUUCCACUGAAACGACGGACUCUCAGCGGGGGACACUUUUAGCUUCAGCCUCACGCCGCGGCGCUUGUUUGGCCUCGAAAACAUCCGAGCAGCAAAACCCCAGCUGAGCUUUCCGCUGGUAAUUUAAGGCGUAAGGUCACGGCGACGGGCCGCGCGCCGUUCUUAAACCACGUCUCACUGCCUUCUCCGUCAGAAGAGUGUUUGUCCGACACUGUCCUCCGCGACAGGAGGCGUCUCUGAUCAUCUCUGGUUUCCAUUUUCAGUUAGUGCCUGUCCAUGUGUGUCGUCAAGAGGUCGCUCAUUUUAUCUGAAUAUACAGUUUAAGACGAUUUAAGUACAAUAUAUUUGUUUAAAAGUGGUUCUAGGGUGUUGUGAAUAGUUAAGUUGUGAAAGAAAAUGCUACAUGGCGGUGUAAUGACUUUGGCAAAGACUGUAGCUGAUUGAAAAAAAAAAGCGAACAACAACAACAAACAACCACAGAAGAAACAAAAAAAACCAUUAAAAAAAAGGGUCAUAUAAUGUGAUAAGAGGCCAAGCAAUCAAAAAGGGGAUCACGGUUCAAAUUCAGUGUUUACAAAUGGUUGCGAAUGCGGGUUCGAGGUUGCAAAGGCAACUCAAGGUCACAGUCAGCGAAGAAGAGACGGCGAGCGGGAGGCGGCGCCCGAGCUCCCGAACACAAUCAGCUGACGCAGCGUUUCACAGAGACUGAGACGAAGCAACUGUGUCAAGAAGCGGAGAAAUUCUUCUUUUUCUGUUUUUUUUUUCUGUUUUUUUUUUUUUUUUUUUCAUUCAGUAAGAUACAAGGUAGAGAAGAAAAAAGAAAGCAGUGUCGCUGCCAGACGGGACUGAAAUCUGAGGAACACGCAGUCCUCCCGGGUUUUGGUGUCUUUUAGAUAACUAGAUUCCCUCUCUUCUGCUUUUUGUUGUUGUUUUUUUUUUUUUUUUUUUUGAUAAGAAAAGAAAAGACAAUGGUAGAAGUAAAUAUUAAAACACUAACAAAUGCAUAGACAUCCCAGUAGAAUAUGUGUAGCUUUUGUAAAGACGAGAAAAAAAAA